CUGUCUAUGGUUGCCUCAUGACCGAGUCUCGACGACCCAGCUUCGCACCCUUUGGAGGAGAGCAGGCACUUCCUUGGCGUCUUUCCCUCCCGGCGGACUGUCCAUCGCCGAGCACGAAGGUGCAGGCAACCGGUGAGGCGGCGUCCGCUCCGUCGAGAAGAUGGUCCUGCUAGUCCUCCUGGCCUGGCUGUCGCCCUGGCUUUGCCGGACGGUUGCGGCUCUGCUGCCUGGGUCCCCCUGCGAGCCGGUGCGCAUCCAGAUGUGCCGAUAUAUGCCCUGGAACAUGACGCGGAUGCCUAAUCACUUGCACCACAGCACCCAGGAGAACGCAGUCCUCGCCAUUGAGCAGUACCAGGAGCUGGUAGACUUCGGCUGCAGCCCGGUGCUUAGCUUCUUUCUAUGCGCUAUGUUCGCCCCCAUUUGCACCGUGGAAUUUCUCCACGACCCCAUCAAGCCCUGCAAGUCUCUGUGCCAGCGAGCCCGCGACGGCUGUGCGCCCCUCAUGAAGAGAUACAACCACAGCUGGCCCGAGGGCUUAUCCUGCGAGGAGUUGCCUGUCUAUGAUCGAGGCGUGUGCAUAGCCCCAGAGGCCAUCGUUACUGAUCUCCCGGCAGAGGAGGUGAAGUGGAUUGACUUUUCGGAAGACGUGAUGCUCCACGAGAAGCCGAUGCUCCCAGAGUGUAAGAUGCCCAAUCGUUGCAAAUGCAAGAAGAUAAAACCCACGCUGGCUAUUUAUCUGAACAAAAACUACAGCUAUGUUAUUCAUGCUAAAAUAAAGAGCGUGGAGAGAAGAAGUUGCAAUGAAAUAACCACAAUGGUUGAUGUGAAAAAUGUUUUGAAAUCUUUGACUCCAAUUCCUCAUGCUCUAAUUCCUCUGUAUACUAAUUCUUCUUGCCAGUGUCCACCUCUUCUGCCAAAUCAAGUUGUACUCAUUAUGUGCUAUGAAUGGCACACCAGGUUGAUGCUUCUUGAUGAGUGCUCAGUGGAAAAGUGGAAGGAUCCAUUAAGUAAAAGGUUUCAGCGAUGGGAACAGAGACUUCAAGAACAGAAACUACAAGCAGCCUCUAAUAGAAAGCUGAAUUCCAGAAACUCUGGUCACAUUGGGAUACCAAAACAAAACUUAAAGAAAAGCAAUCCUUUGUUCACCAGUUCCAAGAAGACCAAUAAGCUCAGAAAUCACCAGAAAGAAAUUAAUUCUAAAAAAAUAUGAGUACCACCUUUUUUUUUCCUGGAGCAAAGCCAACAAGCUGGCCUGAAAAGCAUAUAAUUUGCUGAACUCCAGAACCUAUACAUUUCAUUUUUAUUUUGUAAAAUAAAUAAAAGCACAUACAGUUUUGCACUAAGCUGAAAGAGUUGAUUAUGCAGCCUACAUUUAGCAUUGCAAAUCAUAGCUGAUCAACAAGAGUCUAGGUUAGUAGCUCUUUUGAUUUAAAUAUGCUUCUAGUACUAAGAAUAGUUUUACCAAAGCAGAAGAGCAGUAUCUUAUUUUGGCAUUUAUCUAGUAUUUUAUGAUAAUGCUAGCAAAAAGAGAGUGUUUGUCUAGUAUCUUGAAGAAAUUUGCGGAGUGCAAGAAUGAGAUGCCAUGCAUUGCUCUUGUGCUUCAUCCCACCUUCAUGGCACAGGAAAAAUACAAUACUGAGGCUUUAUUAUCAAAAAUGCAUAAGCAACAUCACUGGGUCAUUGAAUUAUAUGCAGAUUUCUGUGGCAAAAAUAUGUAAUGCUGCUAUCCUAAAUAUACUUAUAUAUUUAUAUAUAAGUAUAUACUUAUAUAUAAUAUAAAGGAAUAAGGCAUACUGAAUGUAAGGGGGCUUGUUUUUAAGUAUAUAUAUAUAGGACUGCCAGUAUAAAGCAUGCUCUAUUUUUUUUUUACUUCAACUCUUGUUUUGUUUAUAAGUAUUCAUUGUUAUAGUAUAUUGUUAUACUUUCACAUUUACAAAAAGCCAUUCAUUCAAAAAUCUACAACAAAACUGAAAACUUGAACUUAUAGUUUUACUAAGAAUGAGUAUCAAAACAAAAACUUCGCUAACUAAAAACAUAAAGGCUAAUUCACAACUAUGUCUCAACAUGUUUUAAUAAAAAUGUGAAGGCAUCUCUGAAACUAAUUUAGCAAAGGUGACAUAUUAUAAUAUCAAAUUUAUCUUAACUUACCCUCUUUCACAACAAUAACAUGUAGAUAUGGAUUCUCUCCCAUGUUUGGGAUGUCCUAUUCAUUUUACUGGGGAGCACUUUUUAGCAAACAUUCUGUUUUAUGUAUGAAAUGGAUUUUUCAGGUGAACAAAAUGAAACUUUAAAAAUGGGAGAAAUAUUUUCAUCUCCCAAAUUCCCAUUUCCUAAAUCAAAUUAAAUUAGAUUAGGGCAAUUGAAUGCAGUGCAGAAAAGCAUGCAGUAAUAUCUACAGUAUAGGAUGUUUUUGAAUACCCAUUGUACUAUACCUGAAGCUGAUACUAACUCCUAUCCAGCUUAUUUGCGGUAAUAGUAUUUGAAUGUAAUUCUGCCUGUUGAAGAAUUAUGAUUUAGUUGCUAAGAUCACACAAACAGAGUCUUAAUAUUAAUUGAAGAAUGGCAUAUGUGUAGGACCUUUGCUUCCCAUGCCUUCUGCUGUACAUAUAGUUUUCCAAAAUAUAACUACAUAUUUACUAUAUUUUUCUGGUACUACAUUAAGGAUGAAAUUCAAAGUGACUCAAUUGCAUACAUCUGAGUUUUUAUUGAGAUUGUAAUACAUGUGCUUCAUAGAAGAAUGCCAAUUAGGAAUCCAUAAAAGGAUUGCUGGCAAGUUCAGAAAUGAACUUUUCCUCAUUGAAAAUCCUGCACAAUAAAUUUGAAUAAAUUGUUUAGCUGGGCAUAGAUAUGCAUUAGAAUUUGAAGAAUUAGGAUUAGACUGUCUUUUCCAAAAUCAUCUUGCAAUCUUGUGCAAUGUUAGAAUACAUUUAGGAAAGAUUUUUUGUUUGUUGUCUAUUUAUGGGUAAAACACAUUUACCCAUAAAUAGUGCAUAAAGAAGACUAUAAACAACUGCCACAAUGUGUCUUUUUUACUGAUAAGAUAAACCGAGUUUUCAUCUUCGUUGAUCUGACAAUUCCUGAUGUUGUUCUGUUAUGUGUGAUACUAAUUGGCUGGAAGUGCGGAGUGUACCACACUCAAGGAAUGACAACUGUUGACUUCUUUUAGUUAAUUGGCAUUUUCUGUUUGCUCAAAAAGAACAAAAUGAGAAUAUGGCAUCCUCUUUCUGCUUUUACAGGAAAAAUUAAUGUUUAAACUGCUCUGGGGAAAGGAAGCAAAUAAAGUUAAAAAUAAUUAAGUCAGCAACUUAUGCCUCCUGUCUCUGCUCUAAAUGUCAAACCUUUGUUGAAAGUCUGUUGAAUCUAGUUGGAGAAAAGUAAGAUAAUCAUCUGAGCAGUUUGUUUUAAUAAAUGUUUCUAUGUUGUAUUUCUUUCUAAUAAAUGUCAUGGUUUGUCUGAAAGUUCUCCAACAAUUAGAGCACUCUGAUAGUUUAUUUCUAAAAUGAAAUCAUUUAUUUGAAAUUAGAGGAAACUAUGUAAAAUGAUUGCCAUCAUAGAAUUCAAACUAUUGUUUCAAACUAUUGUUUCACGAUUGAAAUAGCUCAAUUUGAUAAUAAUAUUUUUAUUUAUUUUCAGAUUUUAAAUAUUCGCAUAGGUAAUUAAACAAUUUUAGCUUGGAGAAA